AAUAUUAAUUUCAACAGCAAGGAUGAAAAAAAAUACAUACCUGAAGAAGAUCACAGUCCUGCUCUUCAUCAUUACUCCCAUCAUCAUCAUAAUGGGCUACAGUUGGACAAACUCAACAGUAGGCGAGCUGAUUCGAGAACGACACAAUCCUUCGGUUAUCUGUCCUAGGAUGAUCUCCCAGCAAAGCAUCACUCCACUAAAACACACCAAACACCUGCUGGUGUCAGCCUACAUGGACCAAAGAUCAGGAGGGUUUGACUUGCGCAUCAUUGGUAUUUUUAAGAGAGACUCAGUUGAUGCCCUUUACUGCUCCUUAUGCUGUGCAGGGUUAGUAAGUGAAACUACACCUUCCAUCAUUCUACCACACUCUGACCACUUUGGUUUUCCCUACGGCACCAUGGACGUCCUGUGUCAGAUCCCUGAUAACUGCGAUGCCACACAUGUCACCCUUCUGACAGCACCAAGCACAGCUACAAGAUCAGAACAACUUUGGAUACCUAUAAAAAACAAAAAGACCUCAAACAAGGAGGAGAAUAAAUUGGACUUAACCGUCUGCAUUUCUACCCUCUUUGGGACUUACAACAAUGUGCUUCAGUUUGCACAAACUCUGGAAAUGUACAGGUUGCUGGGGGUGAACAGAGUGGUGAUCUAUAAUACCAGCUGUGGGCUUGAACUUAACCGUCUUCUGAAGAGCUACAGUCAGGAAGGUUUUGUUGAAAUGGUUCCAUGGCCCAUCGACAGGUACCUGAAUCCAUCCAGAGGCUGGAACUUCAAAGAACAUGGAGGAGACCUCCACUACUUUGGUCAACUCACCACCCUCAACGAGUGCAUCUAUAGAUCCAUGGAGCGUUCACGCUAUGUCCUGCUGAAUGAUAUAGAUGAGAUCAUAAUGCCAUACCAACAUGACAACCUGAACUCUAUGAUGGAUAUGCUGCAAUCACAGCAUCCAAAUGUAGCAGAGUUCCUCAUUGAAAACCACAUCUUUCCAAAGAAAUACUUUGAGCCAAGUCGAAAAUUCCAUCUUCAUCGAUGGAGCAAUGUGCCAGGAAUUAACAUUCUGGAGCACAUCUACAGAGAAGACCCAAACUCAACCUAUCAUCCAUACAAGAUGAUAGUUCAGCCAAGGUUGGUGGAGCAGACGUCUGUGCAUCAAUUGCUUAGGAAUCUUGGAGAACAGUUCUACGUUCCAAUGCAGAUCUGUCGCAUCAUUCACGUUCGCGUGGCUCUGUUAAAGUCAUUACAAUGGGAGGAGCUAAAUGAGGACAAGCGACUGUGGGACUUCCAGGAAAAAUUGAUUCCUAAUGUGGACCAAGUGCUGAGGAGAGCAGGACUCCUGACAGAGGAUUAGAGUCGUUUUGGAUUACUUGGUUACUGGCAAGAAAAUUGAACAUUAGUGGCAGUGGAUCUUUGGAAUAAUGUUUGUUAACUUUUAGCCACAUAACAUCAGUUUCAAAAAAGAAAAAUUUGCUGUGAAACCUGUAAUUGGACACAAACUUGUUCUUAAAGAUUUGUUACUUGGCCUGUACCUUCACUAACGUGUUGGUAAAAAUUAGGCAUGGCUGAAUUGCAAUGACUGGACAAGGAGGCUGAAGUAAUUUAAAAGUUGCGCCUCCUCUGUCGUGAUACCUGCAGAAUUAGGCAACUAGUAGCUGUUUAUUAAAGUCCUACUCCAACCAUAAAAGUGUUCCCAGUUGUCUUAUAAUUAUGAUUAUGCUGCUUUUAGCCAAAAUUGAAAGAAAAAAAAGAAAUAGUUUUGUUUUCUAGGACAUAGUUUCUGCUGUGAGCUUGUGGCUCACCCAUUGCAUUUGCUCCGUAACGAAUACGACCUUUUUCAAGCUGAACUUUUUCAUCUGCUCCUGAUUCACAACAAUUUGAAUAAAGAAAUACUAAAAUAA